CUAUCUUCCUUCGUGGCCCGAAACUGAAUACUUCAUCUCUCAUUGGCACUUCGAAUUGCCAUCUCAUUAUGCAACGACUCACAGGUUUCGAUAGCCGGACCAAGUCAUGGGUCGGCCCUGCAUCGUGGGAUGAGAGUAUGUCGUUGUGUCCGACCUAGCCGAACCUGCCUCUUCCUUGGAAUGCAAGUCAUGCUUGAAGCUCACAUUCGCGCGUGUGCUUGUCGGAGAAUAUCCCCGACAACUUUUGCCCAGACAACGAGAGUGCUUCUUGUAUUGGAUGCUCUCUCAGACUCAGUCCAUCAAGAGAAACUCCUUAUCUUAUCGCCACAAUCACCACCCUAUGGCGCGCGGAAGGUGGGAAGGUGGGAAGGUGGGCUGGAGCUCCCUCCAGUCUGAGCGCCGCCCCCCAACCCGCCCUUGGAACAUUGACCCGAAAUUGUUAGCGCAGCUUCGUCCAAUUGGAUCAACUCAUCCGAUGGAUGGCAGCUCUCUCGCUUUGGCCAAGUGUCCAAUCCACAAGCAGUCCCAGAAGUCAUCAACCCCUGCUGAAGUAUGUCCCUUGGGGGGGCCAUCCAAUCUUGGGUACGGAUAUCUACCUAGGUAGGUAGGUAAGGUUCAGUGUGCCCGUCGCCAGAAGGUCUCCCAUCUCCGAUUGAUUUUUCCGCGUGAGAGAAAGAGUUUCCCGGGGCCGAUCAAUCCAUUAAUCUUCCCCUUGUCUAUUUCUUGUCUCCUUCGUCUUCACCGUCGCGAUAUUCGAAGCCGGCCUCUUUUCUUCUCAAUUCCUUCUACAACUUCUUCUUCAGUCACUCCUUAAGGCCUCACUUUCUUCCUAUAUUCCCUUCCUUUCUCCCUCUCAUCAGUGUGACGUGAAGGCUGGCGUGGUCCACUUCCCCCCCCUCCAUAAGCGUCUCUUUUGUCCCCGUUGACUUCGAACUCCCCACGCGAAUCAUGGCGUCGACGACUGCCACCCCGCAGGGCAGCGUUCGCCAGCGCACCAAUGCGAAGCGGCCCACGACGCCGGGCGCUGCUGCCGACGACAUCGCCAACGCACUGAACAAGUCGGUUGCGAAGAACAAGCGCACCGGCUCGGGGCGCGAGUACGGCUUCGGCCUCUUCAUCACCACCGUCCUCGCCUUUGUGACCCGGUUCUGGGGCAUCAGCCAUCCCAAUGAGGUCGUCUUCGACGAGGUUCACUUUGGCAAGUUUGCUUCGUACUACCUGGAGAGAACCUACUUCUUCGAUGUCCAUCCCCCGUUCGGAAAGCUCCUCUUUGCUCUUAUGGGAUGGCUUGUUGGCUACGACGGGCACUUCCACUUCGAGAACAUUGGCGACUCGUACAUCUCCAACAAGGUGCCCUAUGUUGCCUUCCGAGCCCUUCCCGCCAUUCUUGGCGCCCUGACCGUCUCCGUCACCUACCUCAUCAUGUGGGAGUCCGGUUACAGCUUGCCUGCUUGCCUGUUGGCCGCCGGGCUCGUUUUGCUCGACAACGCCCACAUUGGCCAGACUCGAUUGAUCCUCCUGGAUGCCACUCUCGUCUUCGCCAUGGCGUGCAGCUUGCUCUGCUACAUCAAGUUCUACAAGCUGCGCCACGAGCCCUUCUCGCGCAAGUGGUGGAAGUGGCUUGUCCUCACAGGCUUCGCCCUGUCUGCCGAUAUUUCGACCAAGUACGUUGGCCUCUUCGCCUUCGUCACUAUCGGAUCGGCGGUGGUUAUCGAUCUCUGGACCCUGCUAGACAUUAAGAGACCCGGCGGCGCCCUCAGCCUUCCCGAGUUCGGCAAGCACUUUGCGGCCCGUGCCUUUGGCCUGAUCAUCCUGCCUUUUAUGUUCUACCUCUUCUGGUUCCAGGUUCACUUUGCCGUCUUGACCCGGUCCGGUCCCGGCGACGACUUCAUGACCCCCGAGUUCCAGGAAACGCUGAGCGACAACGUCAUGUUGGCCAACUCGCUGAGCGUUGAGUACUAUGACACAAUUACGCUCCGCCACAAGGAGACUAAGACGUAUCUCCACAGCCACGAGGACCACUACCCUCUGCGCUACGAUGACGGCCGUGUUUCCAGCCAGGGCCAGCAGGUCACCGGAUACCCGUACAACGACACCAACAACUACUGGCAAAUCAUCCCCCUGGUCGACGACCAAAAGCCUGGCAAGCCCGUCCGGAACCAGGACGUCGUUCGUCUCAGGCACCUGGGCACUGACACGAUGCUGUUGUCUCACGACGUGGCCUCGCCGUACUACCCCACGAACCAGGAGUUCACGACGGUGCCUUUGACUGAUGCGUACGGCGACCGUCUGAAUGAUACGCUUUUCGAGAUUCGAGUCGAGAACGGAAAGCCGGGCCAGGAGUUCAGGAGCAUUUCGAGCCACUUCAAGCUCAUUCACAACCCCAGCAAGGUUGCCAUGUGGACCCAUACGACUCCUCUUCCCGAGUGGGGACACAAGCAGCAGGAGAUCAAUGGCAACAAGCAGUUGGCACCGAGCUCGAACAUCUGGUUCGUCGAGGACCUCCCCUCGGUUCCGUUGGAUUCCAAGAGACGCGAGAAACCCGAGAAGGAAGUUAAGACGUUGUCCUUUUUCCGCAAGUGGUUUGAGCUGCAGCGGUCCAUGUUCUGGCACAACAACCAGCUGACCAGCAGCCACCCGUACGCCAGCCACCCUUACCAGUGGCCAUUCCUGCUACGCGGCGUCAGCUUCUGGACGCAGAACGAUACGCGUCAGCAGAUCUACUUCCUCGGAAACCCUAUCGGAUGGUGGCUCGCAAGCAGUCUGUUGGCUGUCUUUGCCGGUAUCAUCGGCGCGGACCAGGUGUCACUUAGACGGGGCAUUGACGCUCUUGACCACCGCACCCGUUCGCGGCUGUACAACUCGACCGGCUUCUUCUUCCUGGCCUGGGCAACUCACUAUUUCCCCUUUUACUUGAUGGGCCGCCAACUGUUCCUGCACCACUACCUGCCGGCUCACCUCGCUUCUUGUCUGGUUGCCGGUGCGCUGUUGGAGUUCAUCUUCACGGCCGAGCCGGCGCCCGAGGAGGGAUACCAGGCCAUCAAGGGCAACAAAAAGGCCGACGGGCCCAAGAGGCACAUUUCGGCGCGCGAGCGGUUCGCCGGCCAGAGCCUCGUCGGGGCGUGGAUUGCUUGUGGCGUCAUCCUGCUCAUUGCUCUCGCCGGCUGGUACUUCUUCCUGCCGCUGACGUACGGCUACCCGGGUCUGAGUGUUGAUGAAGUUGUCCGUCGCAAGUGGCUCGGCUACGAUCUGCACUUUGCCAAAUAAGCAAAGGCCGCAACCCGGCAAUCAAAACCCGCGCGGAAUUGCCACGGUGAUUAUAUGAUGUCUCCGUUGAAAAGUCGGACCAACCCUUGUCGUGACGUCCAGCUCGACCUGCAGUAAAAACAGGGUCAAGGGAAAUACAGUAACCAAGGAGCCCGAGGAAGGACGAGGGAGGGUUCAGCUUGCGAUUGUAAGACGAGACGACAAACGAAAGGGGGCGUCCUGGAGUGUACAACUAGUUUCUUGAGUCAGUGAUAAGAAAAAGUACCGAAAACCACGGUGCUCUGUUCCCAAC